AAUAAAUUGUCUCUACAAUUAUGUGCUUAUUCUACUAAAAGUAAUACUGCUGGGAAGAGACUUAUCCAAUAUCUGUGAUAAACAUGAGCCUAACCAAUUUUCAAGUGCUUUGCAAAAGUUAUAUUGUAUGCACAUUUUCUGAACAAACUUUUCUUUCAGUACACUGCUAAAAACAAAUCUACUCUGCAGUAAAAAGGUCUUCUAAAUAAAUCCAAUCCCUUUUCUGAUAUUGACAAAGAUAUUGGUGGCCACGUACACACAUAGAGAAGGAGAACAUAAUACAAAAGGUACCUAAAAGAAACAAACUACAGUAAUUUUUUGUGGGUUUUUCAGGCUAUGUGGCCAUGUUCUAGAAGAGUUUAUUCCUGACGUUUCUACAGUAAUUUUAUCUUUUUUCCCUUAGGUUUGCAUACAGUUACUUUCUUUCAGGUACAUCUCAUACAGGUACAGUGAGGUAUAGUAGCUUGAGGAAUGGACUAUGAUUUAAGAAUCAAAGGCCAAGUGAAAUAGUGUGGUAUUCAGUGCCUGCUAGAAACUCGGAGGGGAUGCAGCCAACUUUACCUCCCUUGGGAAGAGAGUCCCCCAAUUGGGCUGCUGCUACAGAGAAAGCUCUGUCAUUUAUGUAUACCAGCCAAGCCUUUUGGGGUGGUGGAAUAUACAACUGGACUUCUGCUAAGGAUCUUAGGUUUCAGGCGGGUUCAUGUGGAUAUCCUGGCCCCAAGCUGUUCAGAGCUUUUAUUGGUGAAGACCAGCACCUUGAAUUGAACUCAGAAACAAAUUGAAAGCCUGUGCAGGUUUUCUAAAACACAUACCUCACAAUAGUUGAUAUAUUUUGUACUGGCUGCUGCACUGUUACUAACUGUUAGCUUCUGAACACUUCAAGAGAAGCCCCAUGUAGAGUGCACUACAGAAGUCUAAAUAGCAUGAGACAGCCCAAGAUCUGUAAGAUGACACAAACCCCAUAGAAAUCCUGCAGCUGUCUCUUGGAUAAUACUGCAAAAUCAAGCAAUGAGGGCCGAAGUCUGUACUAGAGUUCCCCAGAAUUGGAUGGCAAAUAUGUUGAAUCAGCAUAACAAGGAUAAGUAAGACAUCAUAUAGAAGAGUUUCUCAUCAGCUGCUGUGAAAUUCGGCUAAUUGAAUAACAGUUCAGUAUUUAGGAAGGAAGCAAGUUCUAAAUAUAGGUCCUAAGGAGGGCAGUAAAAAGUGACAGUAAUUCCUUCGUCUCUGAUAAGAAGAUUGAGGUAAUACAUCUCCUGCCGUACUCCUGCAAGUUUCUCAUCUGUACAGAGAUCCAGGGAAAAUGGCUGCUGUCUUGGUUUGGGCAAUUUGAAAACCACAAAUUACGGCACAUUUUAUUCCAGUUAGGCUCCCAGCUUUCAGGCAAUAGAUGAUCCACUCAGAGAAACGAGGCGAAUCUCCAAGAAUGAAGGAGAAGAUGGAGAAGGCUGCCCUUUUGCGCAGCCAUGAAAAUGGUUUAUCUCACGUACUGUCUCUGGUUCUGCAAGAGCUGAGCCUUUUCUAUAAGAGAGACAUCAAUGGGGUUGGUGUGUUAUAUGACCUGCUCAGAUCCCCAUGGCUACAGGCUCUCCUCAAGGUAUAUGAAUGCCUUCAUCAGCAUAUCAAACGGAGACCCGUUCCACUUACCUUGCAGGCACGCGCACUAACCCAUGAGGUGGUGGAGUUGUUGCGUGGAGCCCAACAACAUCCAGAAGUUAAAGAGCUAAGACGACUUCUACGAGGUCCUCAUUUCAAGGCUUUACUAUCAGCUCAUGAUACAGUGGCCCAGAAGGAUUAUGAACCAGUUCUUCCACCUUUGCCAGAUAACAUCCCUGAGAAUGAGGAGGCUAUGAGGAUAGUCUGCCUGGUGAAAAACAAACAACCCCUUGGUGCCACUAUUAAACGCCACGAGCUCACAGGAGACAUUACAGUAGCAAGAGUAAUCCAUGGUGGAUUGGCAGAUAGAAGUGGGUUGUUGUAUGCUGGAGACAAGCUGGUAGAGGUGAAUGGAGUUCCAGUAGAGGGUCUGGAGCCUGAACAAGUAAUCCACAUUCUGGCACUGUCCCAGGGAACCAUUAUGUUCAAGCUAAUUCCAGUUUCUGAUCGACCGGUCAGCAAUCAAACAACACUCUAUGUGCGAGCAAUGGCAGACUACUGGCCUCUCCAGGACCCAGCCAUUCCUUGUGCUGAUGCAGGACUACCAUUUAAAAAGGGAGACAUUCUUCAGAUUGUGGACCAGAAUGAUGCCCUCUGGUGGCAAGCAAGAAAAGUCUCAGACCUCAGUGCCUGUGCUGGGCUCAUUCCUUCAAAUCACCUUUUGAAGAGGAAACAACGGGAAUUCUGGUGGUCUCAGCCUUUCCAACCUCACACUUGCCUCAAGUCAUCUGUCUUGAGUACUGUUGAAGAAGAGGAAGACAUGCAAAUUGAUGAGAAGUGUGUUGAAACAGACAGGGAUAGUAUUGAAAUGAAAUGUAUUUGCUGUUUUUGCUCCCUGGAUGACUUAAAAGAUGAGGAGACUUUUGAGUCUGAGGAGCUUAAAGAAGAAGAGGAAGAAUUCAGUGGAUCUGGUCAGCAGGUCUUCAUUACUGGCUUCCGUAGAAGUAUGCGCUUGUGCCGCAGGAAAUCCCGCAAUAGCCAUCUGCCAUGUUAUGCCCGAUGUCCUGGUGGAUGCUAUAGUGCUGUAGCUGCACCAUAUGAAGAAGUAGUGAGAUACCAGAGACUCCCCGGUGAUAGAAACCGAUUAAUUGUCCUAGUGGGUCCUUCAGGUGUUGGAGUAAAUGAACUACGACGGAGGCUUAUUGGUAUAAAUCCUCAUCAUUUUCAAAGUGCUGUGCCACAUACAACCCGUGCUCAGAAGAGCUAUGAAGUGAACGGCCGAGAGUAUCAUUAUGUAUCAAAGGAAACUUUUGAAAAUAUGGUGUACAGUCACAGAAUGCUGGAGUAUGGAGAGUACAAGGGCAACCUCUAUGGCACAAGCAUUGAUUCAGUGCGUGCAGUACAUGAUGCCGGGAAGAUUUGUAUAGUUGAUUUAGAACCUCAGAGUAUUCAGCUGGCCCGUACUCAUGAACUGAAGCCCUACAUUAUAUUCAUUAAGCCAUCAAGUAUCAGCUGCAUGAAGCAGUCCCGGAAAAAUGCUAGGAUGAUUACAGACUAUUAUGUGAACAUGAAAUUUAAGGAAGAAGACCUGCAGGAGAUGGAAGAGUCAGCUAAAAAAAUGGAAACUCAGUUUGGCCAGUUCUUUGAUCAAGUGAUUGUGAAUGACAAUCUACAGGAAGCCUGUAUGCAGCUACUCUCUGCUGUACGUCGAGCGCAGGAUGAACCUCAGUGGGUCCCAGCAACAUGGAUAUGCUCAGAGAAUCAGCCAUAAAACCCAGGACUAGACAGUUUUACACAGAUUAUAGUUCACGCUUCACUACAUUAAUCGUAAUACUGGGACUACCAAGGAAAAUAUAUAUAUAUUUGUUUAAAAGGACUUUUGUGACGAUUAGACAAGAAGCUUUUUCAUGGUAUAAAAAAUCUUAACAUGGUCCACAUUUCUUUUAAGCCAGGAACUAAAGCUUAAUAAACUAAAAUAUAAACAAGCAAUUUGCUGACACCAUUUUGCUUUUUCUUGGGUCAGGGAGAUAAACAAAAUUAGAGAGAUUUGUGUAAUAUUAAACAUGGGGUUAUGAUUUAUUUUGUCCAAACAAACCAGGAGUGCUCCUACACUAUACAAUUAUAGCACUGUUAUACCACUUUAAUUGCCAUGGCUCCAUCCUACAGGAUCUUGGGAUUUGUGGUUUGAUGAGAUAUUUAGAAUUCUCUGUGAUAUCUCUGGUGCUGGAGUUCAGGAGACUCCAUUAGAUAAUCCUAAGUACCUCACCAAACUAUGAAUCCCAAACCCUGUAGGAUGGAGCCAUGGCCAUUGAACUGAUACCAAAUGUAUUGUGCAGUGUGGAUAUACACCAAGAUUCAUAAGGCAAUAGCAAACCUUGUCUUACAGUCUGGUUUAUUAAACCAUAGCUCAUGGCUUAAAGUGUUGUGAAAUGAAGCUACUGUCUUGUGUGGUGUUCUUAAAAACUGUAUAUUCAGCAACAAUAAUUUUGUACCAAAAAUUGCUGGGCUGUAGGGUCAGAAUAUAAUUUAACUGUUAUGGAAAAUAAAAGAAUCUAUUUUGUUGCAUUUAUUUGUGCCACUUGAAUUAAACAUAGUAGUAACAGCAAUAGCAAGUACAGUUGCUCCUCCAUUUUCGUGGAGGAACCAUUUUGGGACAAACACACACACACCCCGUGAAAAUGGAAAUUUGCCUAUAUUCAAGCCCAUUGGAUUGAAAGGCGGUGUGCCAUGAAAAAUGGUACCUCCUGGAUGAUUCAACAUGGCCUCUGCCUCAUCCAGUUCUGGACUCCUGUGUAUGCCUCCUCUGAAAUACUUUUGACACGAACUAGCUUCUAAAUCUAUUUUUAAAUGAAAAGUUGUUGCACAUAUGAUAAUGUUUAUUUGCUUGGGAGGGUCAGGGUCUUUACAAAAUACAGGAUCUUAAAAGGUAGGCCGUUCAUUGCUGCAGUGCUUUCUUACAAUAUCCUUUCUUGGAACACCUUCUGCUCCACUGUGUUUCUAUACCAAGGCAAACCUCUCUUUUCCACACCUUGUGCAUGCUGUCUGAACACCUCCUUUGCUGCAAAGUACUUUUAAAAUGGUCAGGCUUUUGUUAGUCUUGCCUUUGUGCUGCUUUUGCAGAGAUCCGAGGAAUGAUUUUAUCCUUUUCAGAAGGAUCUACUGCUGGUUCUAAUGUUUUGUGAUGUUGAGCUUACCUCCUCCUAAGUCAUCUUUGUUCCCUGCUACGAGUUUUGAUCAGCUCAAAUUGCCCUGAGCCGAUCAAAGCUCUCUAUGGCUCUGUGAAGGGCCAGGUCCUGUAUGAAAUGCACAAUUUUAUCUAGAAUUCCAAGCACCAAACUGUAAGGUGUUCUCCCCAUGAGCCUUUUCAUACACAGCUCUGGGAAAUGACAGGCUCUUUUCCCAUGCUUCUGAGGCCCCCUUGAGAUGGUUCACACACCUGGAGGGGAGGGACGACAAAGAAGAUUUUUUAAAAAAGCAUCAAUAACACAUCCACGAAAAACAUUCCCCUUGAGGAAUAACAUUUAUGCAGAAUACUCACACUGCUCUGUUUCUGACCACCUAAAGCAAAAUGACCACACUGAGGCUAUCCUACUCUGGCCACAUCACGAGAAGGCACAAGUUAUUAGAAAAUACAAUAAGGCUAGGAAAGGUAGAGGGUAGUAGAAAGAGAGGAAGGUUGUUUGCGAGAUGGAUGGAUUCAACCAGGGAGGUCGCGGGUCUGAAUUUGCUGGACCUGAGCAGAGCAGUGGAGAAUAAAGAGCCUUGGAGAGCCUCAUGAUUCGGGGCUGACUUUAGGACAGUUAACAACAACAAAAACAAAGCAAAGGUAAAAGAUUUGCAAGCAUCACUUUGCAGCAUUGAUUUUAAUACCGGCAAUAUUGUUGGCUUACUCAGAAAAGAAAAACAAUGUAAAAUUAUCAACUCAAGGAGGACAACCCUGUAAAUCAGUAUGGUCUUCUUAAACACCCUGCAACCACCCAGAGGACCUUUUCGGCCAUUGCUCCCAGACUAUGGAAGGGCCUGCUGGAUGAGAUCCGUCAUAUUAAUACCUUAAACAGCUGUUAAGACGGAUCUCUUCUGGCAGGCCUUCUCUGAAUAGAUACCUGGCCACCAAAAGGAGACCCAACUAGUUGACCUCUGACUGGUUACAGUUACUAUCUGUUACCUGCUAUUAUUGUU